AUGGAGUACCACCCCCCGCUGCCCCCCGCCAUCCCCCUCCCCGCCCUCGCAGCCCUCCUCCCCCGCCUCACCACCACCAUCAACGACAUCGACGCACUCAGGGCCCUCCUCGCAAACGGCGCACACGAUGCCUCCCUCCCCAGCUGGGACAUUCUCCUCCAGCGCUACUCUCUGCUGCUCGGCCGUAUAAAUGCCCUCUCCAACACCCUCACAGCCCCAGCCCGCGCCCAAACUGCCGGCCAGCCACCGUCCAACCCGCUCCUGGCCCAGUACAUUGUCCACCCUCUGAACCCCCUUCCCCCGCCCGACGCUCCCGACUCGGGCAUUUCUCCCCUCGCGCAAGACGCCUUCUUCCAAGCUAUCAACACCAUGCCCCUGCCCGCCCCGCCUGCCGUUGAGGGCAAGUCUGAACCACCCCGCGCGUUUUCGCAGACGCACGACCAGCUCCGGGCUAUGUCGGACAGGGAGCUGGAGGAUUUGCGGAAAAAGCUGACAGAGAGGAUCGAGAGGGGUGGGAUGAAGGGCAAGGCAGUGUCGGAGGAGGUAGAGAGGCGCGCAGAGGAGAUUGACUGGGUCAUGCGCGUCGGGCAGGACGAGGAUGAGGGCGGAGAGGAAAAGGCUGAAGAAGACAAGGACGAGGAUGAUGAUUUGUUUGGCUCGGACGAGGAUGAGCCUAUGGAGGGGGCGACAGAGGCCCGGCCAGCAGGCGUGGAGAAGGGUUCAGCGCGGGAAGGCUGGAAAGUGGGUGAUUUUGUGAAAUUCAUAGACUCGGGGGCAUAG